AUGCUGACAGCCUCUCUCGAUCGUCACACGCAUUGCAUGACUACCCCUUGGGUGCGUGGCGCGGCGGUGCGCGACACUUCGACGGUCUAUGGCCAGGUGCCCAUUCAAUGGCGCCCCUGGCAAGGGGCUGCACGGGCUCCCAGUAGUCCCACCAUUGACCGUCAUGCGAUAGCGGAUGCUCUCGCAGGCCAAGCCGAUGCACGUCUCCAGGCCUUUCGCCGGGACCUUCAUUCACGUCUGCCUGCGCAUUUCGCGGAUGUUGUCCAAUUGCAUGACUUGGUGCACUCCCUAGCAGUGCGGCACUUCCCCAAAAAGGCGGUGGUGCGCGGGCCGAGACCAUGGCAGGAUGGUACGCUUCAGCAGUAUGCCGCCCGUAUGUGGGGUCAUCUCCGCGGUCUGCGAAGGUGGGCACAACGCCCGGCUGCGGCGCGUUGCGCACAGGCUCUGUUCCGUUGCUGGCGUCACAGUGUUCACUUUCUGAAGAUGCAUCGCCUAGCUAAGCAACAGGGUAGGGAUCUUCGCAAGGCCAGGAAGCAUUCCAUCCUGGAGGAAGCGGAUGCUGCCAUACGCCAAGGCCAGAGUCGUCUUUUCUACCAGUUAAUUGAUAAGUUGGCACCAAAGAGUCGCUUUCGUAAGUUUCAGAUGUCUCAGGGGGGACGCGUUCUUACGCCAGCGGAAGAACUUGUGGUGAUGCGCAAGCACUUCAUGCAGAUAUUUAACCACGAUAUCCUGCCACCUGACCACACACCGGCCAUUCCUGUGCAUGGCACCAUGCAUGUCUCUAAGGAAGAGCUUCGGGUCUUCCUUGAUAAGCUUCCUGCUCGGAAGGCCGGGGCCCCGAACACUGUUCCGGGCGCGGUCUGGCGUGCGUGCUCGGACCUCAUCGCAACUCCGCUGGCUGCGGUGCUCAAUCAUCGAUGGCAAUCCACUCCCCUUACGCCACCUGAAACGUGGACUGUGGCCACCCUGUCAUUGCACUUUAUCGCCGAGGCCCUCUCAGAGGCGGGAAUCACAGGGGCGCCAGCUGAGCUGCUCAUGAAUUGGCUCCAUGGUUGCUCUUAUGAUCUUUACAUUGAAGAUCUCCAUGCACAUCUCCCCACCACCCGGGGCGUCAAACAGGGAUGCCCGGCGAGCCCGUUGCUCUUCGCAGCCUUCAUGACUUUAGUCACGCGACGCCUGAGCGCCAAACUAUCCGAUGCAUGGGUUGCCCAAAACCUGACCAUGUUUGCUGAUGAUUUUCAUAUCGGCAAGACUUUCUGCGGGUAUCAUGAGCUCGAGACCCUGAGCUCUCAUAUCGGCUACAUCAUGUCCACCUUGCGUGCUCACGGCAUGAGUGUUCAUGCCACCAAGGAUGGUCGUUUGCUUCGGGUAAGCUCUAAAUAUGGCGACGAGUUCCUGUACCACUUCCGAGAGACUCCCUUCGACGUGUCUUUGAGUCCGCCUUUGGAAGGCAAGAACCAGAUGAUCCGCAUAUGUGCAGCAGCCGCCAUGGCUAUGCCUCCUGGCACAGAGGCCCGUCCUACCAUAGACACUCCUGUGGAGUCUGAUGUGCCUAA